UCAAAUUAGAGUAGUGUCUCGGUCUGGUGGAAAAUUAUCAAUUACAUGAAAUCAAAUUUCAUUGCUUAGAGUUAAGAGGUUACCAGUGAAAAAGUUAUUGUUUUUCCUUCUCUUCUGUUUCCUCCUACCUUCACAAGAUAAUCAUUUUGGUCUCACUCCAUGCCACUCUAUUCAAAUAGAGCAAAGAGCGACAAAAAACUUCUGAGGGAUCAUUAUAAAACUUUCUUGAACUGUCUACAUGUAAUUCAAGCUUCUUAAAGUUUUGUCAAUGGAGUUCCUUUCUUUCUUCAGUACCCUCUUUUGCUUUUUCUUUAUUUCAUCCAUAUCUUUAAGGUUGUUGUCAUUUGCUGCUGAUAUCAUAACUCCAAUACAGCCCAUCAGAGAUGGUGAGACAUUAGUUUCCUCAUCCCAGUUCUUUGAACUAGGUUUCUUCUCUCCUGGAAACUCCAAGAACAGGUACCUAGGAAUAUGGUACAAAGAUAAACCCAGGACAGUUGUGUGGGUUGCGAACCGAAACAAUCCAAUUACUGAUCAUUCUGGAGUUUUAUCCAUCAGCAAGGAUGGGAAUCUUGUUAUUCUCAAUCAAACAAUGAGUAUUAUCUGGUCCUCAAAUAUAUCACGUGUAACAGAAAAUCCAGCGGCACAGCUCUUGGAUACUGGUAACCUUGUUCUCAGGAACAACAUGAGUGCUAUUCCUGAAAGAUAUACGUGGCAGAGUUUUGAUUACCCUACGGAUACAAUGUUACCAGGGAUGGAAUUAGGAUGGAACUUGAGGACUGGCCUACAACGAUACUUGACAUCAUGGAGAAGUAGUGAUGAUCCAUCCCCAGGAGACUUCAACUACAAACUUGACAUUCUUGGGUUACCUCAGUUAGUUAUUCGUAGAGGAUCAGUGAAAAGGUCCAGAACUGGACCUUGGAAUGGGAUUUAUUUUGGUGGCAUUCCUAUGGUGUCCAACAUCAUUUUCAAAACUACUAUGGUUUUUAAUGAAGAUGAGUACUAUUAUAUGUAUGAACCUGUCAGCAACAAUGUUAUCAUGAGAUUAGUACUGGAUCAUUCGGGUUCGCUAGAACGUUUGUUAUGGAAUGAUAAAAAUUCAGGAUGGGCUGCUUUAUACUCAAUGCCAUACGAUCCAUGUGACAUUUAUGGUCAGUGCGGUGCUAAUGGUAUUUGCAGUGUUAGCAAGAAACCUAUUUGUGAGUGCUUGGAGGGUUUUGUUCCUAAAUCACAGAAAGAGUGGGAAGCCCACAAUUGGACUGGUGGAUGUAUGAGGAGUUCCCAAUUGGAUUGCCAGAAGAGCAAAGGGUUUAUGAAACUUGUAGGGGUGAAACUACCAGAUCUGCUGGAAUUUCAGGUGAAUAAAAGCAUGAACUUAACAGACUGUGAGGCAGAGUGCUCAAAGAAUUGCUCUUGUAUGGCUUAUUCUAAUUCAAAUAUAAGCCAGGGAGGCAGCGGCUGCUUGAUGUGGUAUGGCAAUGUGGUUGAUAUCAGAUUGGUUGCUGAAGAAUACAGGGGACGAGAUGUCUAUAUUCGAAUGCCAGCUACAAAUACAGAAUCAAGAGGCAAGAUUAUUAUUAUCAUAGCUUCAACAAUUUUGGGAUUGCUUUUGUUGAGCAUGGUGGUAUAUUGUAUAUUCUGGAAGCAAAGAGCAAAUAGAAGAGGAGGCCAGGAAAGCGCAGAGAACAUAGAAUUGCCUUUAUAUGAUUUGGCUGCAAUCGCUGCUGCUACAAACAAUUUCUGUCAAGAAAAUAUUAUUGGUGAGGGUGGCUUUGGUCCAGUUUACAAGGGUAAUCUUUCAACAGAAGAAGUAGCAGUUAAGAGGCUGUCAAAGAAUUCAGGACAGGGUGUGGAACAGUUCAAGAAUGAAGUCGAUUUAAUUGCUAAACUUCAACACAGGAAUCUUAUUGGGCUUUUGGGAUGUUGUAUUCAAGAACAAGAAAGGAUAUUAAUCUAUGAGUACAUGCCCAACAAAAGCCUAGAUUAUUUUAUCUUUGAUCAUCAAAGAAGUGCAUUACUGAGAUGGCAAAAGCGCUAUGACAUUGUUUUGGGGAUUGCUAGAGGACUUCUUUACCUCCACCAGGAUUCUAAAUUUCAAAUCAUCCAUCUAGAUCUCAAAGCAAGUAAUAUUUUAUUAGACAGAGAUCUUAACCCUAAAAUUUCAGACUUUGGCUUGGCAAGAAUUUUCGGAGAUGAUGACAGAGAAGCAACAACAAAGAGGGUUGUUGGAACAUUCGGCUACAUGUCUCCUGAGUAUGCAAUUGAUGGGACAAUUUCAAUAAAAUCAGACGUUUUUAGCUUAGGCGUGUUAUUGUUAGAGAUUGUAAGUGGCAAAAAGAACAGAGGAUUUUGUCACACAGAUCGUUAUCAUAAUCUUCUAGGACAUGCAUGGUUGAUGUGGAGUGAAGGCAGGGCCUUGGAGCUAAUGGAUGAAUGCUUGAAGGAUUCAUACGUUACAUGGGAACUAUUGAGAUGUGUUCAAGUGGGUUUACUAUGUGUUCAAAAUUUUCCAGAAGACAGGCCAACAAUGUCGUGUGUGAUUUUCAUGUUGGAAAAUGAGGAAGCUAUGCUGCCUCAACCUAAACAGCCUGGUUUCUUCAGUGAAAGAAGUUCCACCAUCAAUGAGAAUGCAACAUCAACAAGUAAAGAAAUCUACACAGAAAAUGCAGUUACUAUAACGAUGCUAGAUGGUAGAUAGGCAUUCCAUUGUAGUUCACUCCUUUAAAGUUGUAAAGCUAUGAAACCGCUAUAUGAAUUCCAAAUUUGACUUGUUACUGUU